CACUAGUGCGGCGCAGUGCAACUACUGCAAUGGUUUGGGAGGCAGGAAGGAUCAUCACACGCAUGUUUAGGGCCACCACAUCGUUGAAGGGGAAAAAUGUCAAUGACUGAACCCUCGCCGCAUUCAGUAAUAAAUGGUUUUUUCAGGCGAUGCGUCGACGGAAUGCAGGAAGGAGGCGCAGACGUUGACGGAUUUAGGAAAAUUUCUUCAAGAGCGAAGGCCGAAGGACACCGUUAUUAUAGAGAUGGUGAUGGAUCAGAUUUCCCUGAUGGAGCAUUCAUGCAGAGCGUUGACUGUGAGGAUGAUUCUCACCUCCCAAGGAUCAUUAUCUGGCUACAAGCAACUUACAAAUUCUGUUCGGGAAAUAGUCGUGCUCAGGAUAUGCCUGUCCAGAAACAAAGAUCAGACACACACAGAGUCUGGCUUUUGCGACUCUUUCGUAUCAUGCUGCGUCGUUGGUCCGAAAAUCGAUCUUACUGGAUCGUCACAAUCGCGAUGGACAGUAACAAACGGCACACAAGAAGUGGAGCAAUCCUGACGAUGGCCCACUGAGCUUACUCUAUUGAGGGCGUGUGUGCUCAGCAAAAGUGUGCUGUGCCACGAUUCGUCUGGGCACGGCGUCGAUGCGCCGCAAGAUAGAGGCCUAACGGAAGCAGAUGGACACACCAACCUGAUGAACGGCUGUUCGGUCCCUAGACCCACCUGUCCUGUGAAGACGUGAUGAGACUGUAGGAG